GACAGGGAGCAGGGAGUAGAAAUAAAUUGCAAAAAAUUGAGUCAUAAGUCAAACGACUCAAUAAAUCUUAUGACGUAAAAUAUAUUAUUCAUUAACAAAAUGUUUUCAUCGUUUUUCGGAAAAAGGAGAUCAUCACCAGUUGAAGACGAGACACCGCCGAUACCUGGCCCGAAGUCCGACGAUGGAUUUGUCGUCGUUGAUCCUACGUCUCCAAGAGGUAGUAUUUACCCCAGUGUUGGGCCUGGAUCAAGUCCGUAUCCUCAAAGACCUGCCCCAGCCGCACCUCUGCCUAGGCCCAGAGCCGAGCAACCGUUUCACUAUCUUCAAGGAGUCCCAUUUUCGAUGUCAAAGGAACUACAAAUGUCUGCUAACAAGGAUUCUUACGCGCGAGAAAUUAGUGAUCUCCUAGCUUUCCUAACUAACAAAAUCACAAUGAACAAUUAUGAAUAUGAUUUCUCUGUUGAAAGAAGUGUUAUAAAAGAGUGCUAACGAACAGUGGAAAUAAUAACAUUUUGUGAUAAUUAAUACAAUUUAUCCUCAAACAUGUACUUUAUUGGUGUAGUUGAUUCAAUCUACAGAUAAAUAAUGUAUCCAUCCACAAAGAAAACCAUUACAAUCAUUGGCAACAUAUGGCACACCUGAUGGUAUAUGGCUAUUGCCUAUCAUUUCUGUUUAAACAUCUUGAAGGAGAUAUUGUUCAGUAGGCACCAUGAAGAUAAUUUAAUUGUAAAGCCUGAUGAACAAAAUGAUCUCAAAAGUGCUUUGGAUGUUUGCAGUGGUUGUGAUGAAAUUUGUUUGCUACCAAGUGUUAUGAUACUAUAUUUUGUAUCAUAACACUUGUUUCCAACAAGAUUUUUCCUAAUUUUUUAUUUUUUCAAGGAAAAAUCUUGAAAAUUUCAUCAUACUUAUCAUCUAAUUUAGCUGUUCAGCUUAAAAUUUUAGAACUUCAUCACUUAACAGUCUGUAAAAUAUUAUGUUAAAAAACCAUGAUGUAGCUAUGUAUGUAUGUAAGUUUGACUUUAUGAAUUGAUGAAAUCAAGCAUUACAAGAGAUAUUUUUUAAUUUACCAACAUUCUGCAAACAUUGUAAUAUAAUAUAAUUAAUUAUUUAAAAACAAGGAUUUAUCCUUAUAUUAUCUUUAGACUUUGUAUUCAAACUUUAUAAUUAUCUGAAGUAUCUUCGUACUAGUUCUGAAAUAAAAUAAGAAUAUGAUAAUUAUUGUAAGUAUUUAUUUUUCUUCUAUUUAAAUUUAAUUUUAAUAACUAUAAAGUAAUUAUAUAAUUGAUAUAAUAGUUAAUAUCUGCAACCUGACUUAUAUCAUUAUAGUAAGCGGCACGUAAGUUGGCAAGGUUUUGGUGUAGUGGGGGUAAUGUCGCUCAUAGUGCAUAUUGCAACAAAAAAAUGGUCACUUUUAUU